AUGGCAAGCUGGUUUGAAAAAGGGCGACCUGCUCUUCGGGAAGCCCUGGAGAAGAUAUGCACACAAAUUGAUGCAGACAUCACGGCCGACCUACGGAGCUCCGACGAUGCCCAGGAACUCGCCGACUGCCGAUCCCAGCUGCAACAAAGUGCUUCUAGGAAUAGAGCACUGGAGCAGGAAAAUCUGUCUCUUCGAGCCGAGCUCGAUAAGUUAGGGCAUAUCAGCGCCGUCGGCAGCCUCGAGCCUCUCCCGUCGCCUAGCUCAUCCAUGCCAAACGGAGGCCUAGAAUCAUCCGACCCGGAAGUGGCCCAGAGGAUUGAAUUUGCUAAGCUCGCUCAACGGUUUCGGCUGCUCAAUGAAAACUUUCGUAAAGCUCGCGGGGCUCUUGAGCGACGAAAAGCCGAACGCGACGCAUGGAAGAGACGCUUCGAGACACUGCAAGAGCAGAUCCAAGCCGACGAAUCUGAGCAUGGUGUGGAGAUUUCCAGCCGGGCGUCGGCCGCGUUGGCUGCCAUUCAACCUUUGAAUGUAUCAUUUAGCGCCAGCUUUUCAAGUACCGCCGACCCGAAUGACGCAGUACCAGAAACCGAGGAGCCACAACUGCCUCCCAUGGCUUCCAAGCUAUGGACCCUGAGUCGCCCAGCGGCCACCGAUAUAGGACCCCUCGACUCCACGCAGGGCGAAUCUGAAGGAAUUGAGCUUCCGUGUCUUCCUGAUGCCACCGAGCUGCCAUCUGAUCCGCCCGUGAAGAAGGAACCGUCGUCAGAUGGCCCCGUUGUGAUCUCGGAGCGACCCGUCAAAAAAAGAAGAAGUGAUGCGCGCACCACGGCAACUCGUGCGCCUGUCACGGUCAAGACAGAACCACGAGAAGAUUCCAGCCCGAUGCUUGAGAAGCCAGCGGGAUCUCCGUCGCAGGAUAGCCUCGACCUUGGACACACUACCCAUAUGACGACACCUCGCAAACCAAGAGAAGCGGAAUCGACCCCAAGAGUGCCACCGAUAUAUAACAUCCCGCAUGUAGACGCAAGCGCUCUCGCAACACCAGUUGCAGGAUAUGUUCAGGGAGCGAUGCCGGUGCCACAAACGGCGAGAGCUAAUAUCAUGUCAUCCGCCCUCACGCCAAUCAGCAUCAACAGAAGACUAGUUCGCUCUGGGGGGGACAAAGCAAUUAAUUUGUUGCGAAAGCGACAGCUUGAUGAGGGCAUAGCAGACAUUGCGGACGAUGGCACCUCAAUCAGAACCGGCCAAGAAAAUAAUACUCCUUUAAGACAUGAAAAGAACCGCAACCGGACGCCUAAGAAUCGUCUGGAACAGCUUUUAUGUCAAGGAGAGGCCGAGGACAGCCCGGAACUAUCUCGACUAUCCAGGCAAGCUCAUAAGGGGCCUUCUAUAUCGACAGCUGAACUAAACAUACCCGAGCGUCGAGAGCUGCCUUUUGAGAAGCAGGCACGUCAGAGCAGACAGAGCAUUCUACCUGCCGUCCCCGCUACCGCCGCACAAGCAACACAUCGCUCUCCACAACGUUCGCUGCAGCGUCCGGCCGGACAGGGCCAGCUUCGGCAGAAGACGGCUCGGGAGUUGCGGCUGGACGACUUUCGAAUUAAUCCUGCCGCAAACGAGGGCCAUGACUUUGCGUACUCUGAUGUGGUGAGGGACAAGGAUACAAGGGCCUGCCUGCCGGGAUGCACAGAGAUGCAUUGUUGCGGCAAACAAUUCCGAGCUUUGGCUAUCUCACAGCGCCCUGAUCCGCCACUGACAGCGGCACAGCGCAUGGAAGAACAAACCUUGCUCGAGCAGUACCUCGGCGAUUACGCAUAUCGACUGGCAACGAUGGACCCAGCGGAGAGGGCCGAAACAUGGAUUCAGGCCAAAACUCAGGAGCUGGCGAAUAAAUACGGGAGACAUCGGCACCGAUAUUCACGCAUGCAAUCGCCCCCGGGAUUCUGGGACGCGGACUUCCCCAACACACAAGAGUUGGAGAUGGGCCGAGAGGAGGCAGCGGAGCGGGAGAAGCGAGCUAUUCGCGAGCGGUAUCGAGAGGCGAUGAAGCCAGGUGGGCGGUGGUUAUUCAAAGAUGAAUAG